UGAGAUAUCAUAAGCCAUCAUUUCUGAAGCCAGAACAGCAAUGGCAUCCUACGCGAUUGCACUGUUUGCCGCCCUAACGAUUCUCACCGGCUGCUGCUACGCCAACUACUGCGACCCGUCCCUGUGUCGGCGGGGACCCCACGUGGCUUGCAAUGCGCCGCAAGGAUUUGGUCCGGCGUGCGGCAACGAUCGGAAGUUCGUCCCGAUGGAUGGCAAAAUGAAAAGCGUCAUUCUCAACAAACACAACGAGCUGCGGGCGGAGAUCGCGCGGGGAAUGCACGGCUUUCCGCAAGCUGCCCGCAUGCCGACGCUGGUCUGGGACGAGGAGCUGGCCAACAUCGCGUCGUUCAAUGCGCGAAAGUGUAUUUUCGCGCACGAUCAGUGCAGAAACACCCCUCAGUUCAAAUUUUCCGGGCAGAAUCUGGCCAUCACCAGUUUUUACGGGUUCAACUUUCCGCCGGAUGAUCGAGCUGCGAAUUUUACGCAUGAGUGGUUCAACGAACACAAAGAUUGCCCCAAGUCGUACGUCGAUGCGUACCCGGCCAGUCAUCGGGGGCCUCAAAUUGGGCAUUUCACGCAGCUGGUGAACGACCGCACAUGGAAGGUUGGGUGCUCGAUGAUGCACUACAUCACCAAUGGGAAGAUGAUCAACUAUUAUCUGGUGUGCAACUACACGAUGACCAACAUGAUUGGGGAGCCGGUUUAUACGAAGGGAAGCACCGGUUCGAAAUGUCAAACAGGGCAGAACCCCCAGUAUAGAGGGCUGUGCAGUCCUCGAGAGAAAGUUAAGUCUGAAUCAUAUAAUGGUUGAUUGGGUUUAUCUACAAUAGGCUUCUAGAAUCAAGAUUAUGAAUCCGGAAAAUUGUUCAUACAUAAAUAUGCUGAAAUCUUAUAAAACAU